CAUCAGCCAUUAUCGCAACCGUCACCGCUCCGACCGUUCCAAGCACCGUUUAGACUCGUUAUUUUCGCUGUUUCGCUUCCAAGUGGACUUUUAUAUGUUGCCUUCCCACUGCGCUUUUACCAGACCAGCAUAGUUCGGCUGGGCAGCUGCUGUUGAGACAGCAACACCAGAAUCUAGGACUGAGAACCGAACCGUCGUCUUUACUAUUCGAUCCUAUACACACCAUACAUAAUGUCUGGCUACGGCUACGGCCCGCCUCCACCUCCACCUCCAACAUUAGGGGGCUCAUACUCCCAGCCUGGCUACGGCCGUGGAGGUGGUCGAGGUAGAGGCCAGCAGCAUCAUCACUCUAACAGAGGAGAUCACAGAGGUUCCCAAUCAUAUGGAUAUUCUGCGCAGCCGUACCAGGGCCAGCAACCUGCGUAUACUGCUGGCGCAUACCCUCCUCCUGCACCUGCAUAUGGUCCUCAGCAACCCCAAUGGCCAGCUCACGGGCAAGCACCUCAUGAACAUGCACCUGCGCCGCUCUCUGCCGCUAAUUAUCACCCAAACUUUGCUCCGCAACAUUACCCUCCUGCACAAUAUCCCCAGCAGCCAGCAUAUGGCCAGCAAGCAUAUCCUCCUCAUUAUCAACCGCCGCCGCCACCGCCUGGUCAAGCCCAGUGGGCACCACCAGGUCAAGCAGCACCUCCCCGUGGCGGUCAUCAUUCUAGCCCGCCAGCAGCUGCAAGAGGAGGAUAUGAUAGGAAUCGACAGCCCCCUAGUGGUGGCUAUAGGCAGCCAUACCCCCAAGACCCUCGCACAAACCAGUACACUCCUCCAUCCUAUCCCUACUCCGGUCCUCCAGCUCCUCCCUCCGCGCCGCGCUACGACUCUCAGAAUAACGGAAUGCGUGGUCGUGGCAGAGGCGGAGGUGGUGGAGGUGGAGGUAGAGAUCGCGGCGGAAGAGGGCGAGGAGGCCGUGGAGGUCAUCAUGGCGAUCGUUCGAAUGCCCCCAAGCAGAACCACAACAAUAAACCCAAUGCUACUGCCACUGCCCCAGACUCCCAGAAGCAGACAUCCCCAUCUGCAUCGAAGAAGAAGAAGCGCAAGGUCAAUACCUUGGGUCUGACACCAGCAGCAGACUCAGAAUCAGAGGAUGAUGAAGGAGAGGAGAAAGCUCUGACGGAACUUAUUGGUUCCGAGGCUUUAACUAUCAGUGAUGUUGCUGCCUUUAUUGCAGAGCGAAAGAAGAACUUCCCCACCAAAGCCCGUCAGGAAGCAAAGAAAGCUGCAGAAGAGGCUGAAAAGCAAGCGCAAAAAGAAGCACAGAAACAAGAAGAGGCGUCCUCUUUGGAGAAGCAGGCGGAUAAGUUGCGCCGGCAGCUCCGCAAGGUGGAGUCGUCCAUUAAGCGCAAGCGUGAGCAGGGCGACGAAGGCGACGAGCUGCGCGAGUCGUCCGACGAGGUGUCUGACGAUGACGAGCCCGAAGUCCAGUCUAGCAAAGCUGCAUCGGCUCCCGCAGCGAAACCCACAGAUGCGAGGAAGCACUGCAAGUACUAUUCCACUGGAGGCACUUGCGGUAAGAAGGGCAAGUGCCGCUUCGUGCACGAUCCAGAAGUCAGAGAGGCUGCGAUGAAGGAGCGGGAAGCUAAUAACGGCCGUCUCACAAUCCAGCAGCGUCUGAUGCUCAACGAUAAGGAACAGGAGGAUCUUACGGUGCUGCGAUCCAUCCAGUAUCUCCGUGACAGGGGCAUCAUGGCGGCGGCUACUAAGCCAGUGGCCAACACCAAUGAUGACAGCAGCAGCAGCAGCAAAGAACAGCCAGCAGAGAAGAAGCCAGAUGGUACGGCGCCAGUGCCCAACCCAUCUGUCAGCUCUCUACCUGCACGUCCUCCCUCGUUGCCCGCUCUCCCGCCAAAGCCCGUGGCCAAUGGCAAGCCGCAGGACGCGCAACCGGCUGACCAAGAGGCACCAUAGGACGGAUUGCUGUUGAAGCCGGACGGUAACGCCACUGACGACGCGAGCAAGAAGUAGGAAGUGUUUGCUUAUGUGUCCUCGUAUUUGAUUAUCGACCUACUGCUAUAGCUUAUUUGCAUACGACGGAGUUGUGUACUCUUUUUUGUUUUCAUGGCGUAGAACAUAGACUUAGACAUGCAUAUUAUGUAUAACAACGAACUUUGAACUCUCUUCAUCACUAUUAUAACCCGAUAAUCAAGUGACAUGUUUCAGUACAAGAUCACUUAUCUUUCAAAGCACAAAGUAACAACACACAAGGCAAUGUCAAAAGAUGUAUGCUGAAUGCCUAAUAAUCAAACUCCAACGCUAAAUGUAGUCCCUAAAAUGAACCAUGCAUCCGUCCUCCUCUACUACCAUGACCAAUGAGAAAAAGCAAAAGCAAAAAAAGCUGUAUAAUAUCUAGUACAAGUCCUCAGGAAAGAAAAUACCCACAUCGCCCCUCCUCUAGCGACGCUCAUACUGCCUCCUGCGCUCCUCCUUCUCCGCACGAAGACGAGCCUCGAGUUUCUGCUCCCGAAUAUCCUCGGCACGCGCCAUACGCUCUGCCAUGCGUUCUUCGUCAUCAAUGUCGUCCAUACCGGCUUCCAUGUCCGAGGACCCGUCAGAGACGUACCCGUAGCCCGCGCCCUCGCCCUCAUCGUCAUCAUACUCGAUAAAGUCGUCAAGCUCUUCGUCGUAGUCGUCGUAUCGCGAAGACCCAUUGUGUCGCGGAGCAUUGAGAAGGGCACCGCCGCGAGGAGCGUGUGUCUUCUUCGCAGGGUUGCCCGGUUUGGGGCGCGCAGUACCCGUGUAUCCCGUCGUUGCAGACGCUGCCUUUUUGAUCUUCUUCUCAGGCUCGGCCGGUGCAGACUUCUUUGAUGAGCCUGCUCUUGAUGCACCGCUGGCUGCUCUGGGGUCUUUGCUGGAUGCUGCACCGGGCCGUUUUGACGAACCAGUUGAUUUGCCCGUGCCGGAGUAUCCUGUCGGUGCCCGCUUCUUGCCAGCGGUAGCUUUGCGUUCCCGCAGCUCUUCACGGGAUAAUCGGGGUCCCGCUUCGACCUUUUUGUGCUGGAUCUUGCCGACCUGGCCCAUGGUCGCUUGGGCUCGUUGUGCUCGGGCGAGGAUUUCGGCAAACGAGCCCUUCUUCGGCGCUGACUUUUCGGCAGCCGCGGCUGGUCGGGGUUUGUCUACAGUAGAUCCUGGUCGUUGUGUUGAGGUAGAGUUUGUAGGUCGUUGUGAGGGUGUCGGUCGGGAUGUCGUCGAUGGUCUCGAGGUUCCUGUGAAUCGGGGAGGUGGCGAAACCCGAGGACUCUUGACGGCUCGGUUCCGCGGGGCAUCAGCAUCGGCUUUGCGUUUGAUAGAGGAUGAGUUGCUGGUGGGUAGUCUUGCAGCAGCAGGCGCAGUACUGGCCUUGUCGCCGCUGCUGAUUUGUGCCAAAAGAUCUCCAAUCUAGGCCGGUCAUGUCAGCAUCUCA